CUGAUUUCAAUUUCAAAUCCAAGGUCUCUACUCGCGGAGCAUAUUGGAGUCUGGUUCUUCGAUUAAUCGGAAAAAAUGGAGAUCGGGGGGUGUCAGGAGAUUGAUCUUCAACUUGAAGCCGACGAUCUCAUUGGAAAUUUUCAGUUCCCAGAAACGUUGGAUGCUAAUAAAGAAGUUAAUAGUGUUGGCAUUGAUGUGAAUGGUCGCUUGCCCGAACUGCAUGAAUCGACAGAACCUGAAAGAAACCAGAGAAAUGGAAGGCAUAACUUGCGGAAAAGCCUAGCCUGGGACCCUGCCUUCUCCACCAAUGAGGGAGUACUAGACCCAGAAGAAAUGUCAAGCAUGAUUACCAAAUCAGAUAAAAAUGAAAAGCAUAUAUUACCAGGGAUUCAAGAAGAACUGACAGGGUCAACUGAGUCUAUCUCUACUCUUCGAAGUGAUAGUUUGAUUCUAGAAAGCAAUGAUGAUGACUUGUUUUUGGACAUUAGAGCUUCCAUCCAAAGAUCCAGUAAGAAAGCACCCAACUUGAUCAAUUCAAGCAGUAAGAUAGCAGCUAUGGUGCUAAAUGGCCCGGCCAUUUCAUCUCCAAAGAAGGAAGAUGUUGUUUCUAAAAAUAAGUGCCAAAAACCAGGUGUGAAGAAAACUACUGGCCUGCAGACUGUCCGGAUGUCAAAAUCUCAGCUAAAACCAAUUGGGAAGUUAGCAUCAGGAAGAUCAAUCAAGCCGGAUUCUGUUCAAUCACAGGCUGGAUCUAUUGGUAAAAGUGGAGAGACGAAUUCAGUUGUUUCCAAACCACUCAAAACCAUUAGCAGCUAUGUUCCCUCUUCAACUGCAGCAAAGCGGGAGUCUCUUGGAAUCGGUCGUCUCAAACCUGAAUGUGGUAGCUCUAAAAGUGGAGAGACGAAUUCAGUUGUUCCCAAACGACUCAAAACUGUUAGCAGCUAUGUUCCCUCCUCAACCGCAGCAAAGCGGGAGUUUCUUGGAAUUGGUCGUCUCAAACCUGAAUGUGGUAGCUCUAAACAAGAAUCUGUCUCUGGAAAAGUGACUCAGCUACACAAAGUGUCUGCAUUAGGUGGUUCCAAAAAGGUGCUGUCAAAGCCUGCUGUAUCACCAAAGUUUUCUUCAGUGCGCUCUUCAACUACAAGUAAUAUGCCUUCGACAAGGUCCUCUACUUCAAGCGACAACUCUAUUAGCACAUCCUCUGGGAAUGCUGCUAAGCCUACACUUAAGGCUGCAAGAAGAAAUCUAGGCAAAAGCAGCACCAAUAGUCCUGGCCACUCUGGCUCCAUCCCUAGAACUCCAUCAAGAGCUCUACCAAAGAACAAACUGCCAGCCUCUAAUCUUUCGGCUUAUCUCAAGUCUACAAAGCUCUCCACAAGUGUCUCACCAGCCAGUUCAAUUAGUGAAUGGUCUUCAAUGUCAUCCCUACGAUCUAGUUACUCAAGGAGCAGCAUAGAUACCAGUUCUUGUAGGUCAGUGGAUGGUGAAAACAUGCGUUCGGAUCCAAGGUGUAAGGUAGCUGGUCAAAUGGCUGAAAGAAAAGGAAACCAUGGAGCAAUUUCAUCAAGCAACACUCCUAAAAAAUCCACAUCAACAUCUGGUAUCCUUCAGGCUCCUAUGAAACCAUCUGAUACCCUUCAGGCUCCUACGAAAUUAUCAGGAUUACGAUUGCCAUCACCCAAAAUUGGCUUUUUUGAUGGGUCAUCGUCUCGUACUCCUGGUAGACAUAACCGCUCUCCCUCUGUCUUGUACCCUGUGAUUCCCAAGAAUGCACCAACUGCAUCCACUCCAACUCGAAGCUCAAAUGGAAAACUGAAGAGUUCAAACAUACCAAUGGCUAGAAUGUCAAAUUCUUUGACAAGCAUAAAGUCUCCAAAGGCUGUAUCUGUUGCCUCCUCACAAGAAAAGUCAUGUGCAUUCGUAAAACCAUAUAGUGUUUCAACGGGUGUAACUGAUACUUCUAGCUUGUCUGAUGGGGUGAAAGUCAUGCGCACUGCUGAUGACACUGACAACUUAGGGGAUUUGAGUUUGCCUAAAAACAUGACAUUUGGGGAUAUCACUGCUGCUACAAGUGAAGGUAACAAUGCUUAUGCGUCAGAAUAUAUCAGUCAAAUUAGGGAUAAUCUGGUUAUGAAGGACGAGCUUAAGAAGAACUUGGUUCCUACUCCUGAAGCAGUAAAGGAAGAUGGAGAUCCUGCUACCUAUCCAGGGGAUGGGUUAACAGGAGACAAGACAGGCACAUGUGAAAAAAAUCUGGAGCCAAAUUCUCAGCUUCUUAGUGAUAUAUCAGAAUGUGCACUCUCUUCUACUGCAGCUACCUCUGAGGCUGCAGCUUGUGGAUCACCUACUACUCCCAAGAAUAGCGAAUGUGUUGAUAAUCCAAAGGAGCUGGUUAUUCCGGUUGCAGUUGCAGAAAAUGUAGGCGUUGCAUUGCCUUCUUCAGGCUCAGAAAAUAUUAUUCAAACUAAGGAUGGCCUGAUCAAUUGCGAGCUUAAGAAGAAUUUGAUUCCAACCUCUGGAGCAACAGAAAAGGAAAUGUUCCUACGAAAUUUGAAGUGGGAGGAGGAUCGACAGAAGACAAGCAAGGCAUAUAUAACAAAAACCAGGAGCUGAAUUGUCAACUUGUUAGUGAUACAUCAGAAUGUGAACUGUCACCUACUGCAGAUGAGGCUGCAGUACACAGAACCCCGUUUGCUCUAAAGAAUCUCUCCAACUGUAUAAAAUGUGCUGGUAAGCCUACAGAGGCGGCUAUCCAGAUUGCAAUAGCAGAGAAUGUAUUGCCUUGUUCUGAAGAUAAAGAGAAUAGCUAACCUACACUUCACAUAAGCUGUCCUCAACUAAUGUAGCUCAAUCAGAUUCAGCGAAGGUUGCUCAUGAAGCCAUAUUGUUCGACAUCUCCCUCAAGAAGAGCAGACGCAAAUGGAAGGAUAUUGACACAUUGUUCUAUUUAUGAGAAGCAUUUGCUCAACAUCUCAUAUUUUUCCUUUUUUCCUGUGUACUCGUAAGUCUUAGAUACAAACUUGAUGUUGUUUAAACAUUGUAUAUACGAUUUACAACACAUAAUCAAUUUGGAUGCAAUUCCAACACAGCU